CGGAAGCGCUGCGACACACAGGAAGGGAAUGCAACGUUAUAUCAAGUUUACUCACAGAGCUCUCGUAUGAUUAUUAUCAUUAUCGUACAAUACAGAUAUAGUCAUACUUUCCGCUCCGCUUGAUUUGAUAAAGACCAGGCAACAAAGAUGCUUAUUAAAGUAAAGACGCUCACAGGCAAAGAGAUCGAGAUCGACAUAGAGCCCACAGACAAGGUGGAGCGGAUUAAAGAAAGGGUGGAGGAGAAAGAAGGGAUCCCUCCACAGCAGCAGAGGUUGAUCUACAGUGGAAAACAGAUGAACGAUGAGAAGACUGCAGCCGACUAUAAGAUCCAGGGAGGCUCCGUUCUCCAUCUGGUACUCGCUCUGCGAGGAGGACGGCUGCUCCUCCCUCCGGGAACCCGGCGCUCAAAGACUGCGUUGUAGCCGGGUACACCGGGGGACACUCGGCAAUGUGUUGUGCUGUCAGUAUCCCAGGCAACACGGAGCCCUUUGUAGAAUGAGUCAGAGCAGGUGCUGCAACACGAUUCCCCCCCAAAUGUCACAUUGUCACGGCGAGACGUACACGUGGAGGCGCCCCUGGCAGGGAAGGCAAAGUUACUUUAAGAAUAACACAAAGGUCCGGCCAAAGAUUUAGAAACGAGAGCUAAUUUGACUGCCACAGAAAAAAAGGAGUACAGGUUGUUCUCUGACUCUUUCUGUGGCUCCGCCUGCAUUCGUUCCAAAAAAAACGGAGAGAAUCGUAACUUAAAGAAGAUUCAGGGGAAAGCCAUCCUUGGAUUCAUCUUUGCAUUCAGAGUGUGACACAAACUACCCCCCGUUUCUGCUUCAGCCGUGUUUUAUUCAGUUUUCUGCAGGUUGCCCCGAGUCACUAGGUAUUAUCAUCGGAGGCCACAGGGUUUGUCCGCAUAGUAAAGGGGGGGGAUUUUAUCUCGCCAAGCGCCCAUUUGUGAGAGAUGUGGAAAAACUAUGAAUGAAGGACAAGUCAGUUUGCUUUUAGUGGGAAGCAAACCUCCCAUCACUGAUUCCUAAUACGGAGAGUUUGCUUUACACCUGGUUGAUGAACACACUGUCAAUUCAGUUGGAUAAUGUUCAACAUAGUGAUACACGUAUGAAUUUGAUUUGUAAAGUGCAAUUUGUUGAUUUUUGCUGAUUGUACAUUUUAUUUUUACAAAAAGACAAGGACUGUAGUUUACAUGGAUGUUGUUAGGUCUGUUUGUGUGUUUAGAGAAGCCACAUUAGUUUUGGGAUUGCUGUGUCAGCACUGUGUACCUCCCCAGUGUGUACAGGAUGGUGUGAAAUACAUUUAUGUUGAUGACUUCCAUUCACCACUCGGUGUCAUAAAUUCAUUUUUCAAAACAGCUGAA